GCCCGGAUAAAUGAAUAUAUGGGUACUCCUGUCACUUGUACCUCCGACACUGCUCCGCCUCUAUCCCCAAGACGCCCUUGCAACCCAUCUUUAAAGAUGAUGGUUGUCCUUUCGGAAAGUCACCGCACAACAAAGACGACCUAAUUGUGCGAUCGCGCAGCUCUCGGGAGCUGCAGAACAACAGCUUCCGUUAUGUCGCGACUGAUAUCUUCGGCAUUGUCGUUGCGUCGCGAUCCGCGCAUCCUCAAGCUCCCGCCCUACAUCUCGCUUGCAUGCAUCCUAGGCGGAAUCGCAUGGCUGUUUCUAUUGCCUCUAAACGACUAUUCCCGACGAACCUACAUUUCCGAGAAUGCGCUGCUUCCGGGUCAAGUGCACACGUAUUUCGGUGGAAGUGAUCAGCAUGUGCUGAGGGCGUAUAAGCAUGAGGUUAACUCGGUCAGGGAUAAGUCAAAUUACGAAAUCAAUGACAAGCUCGAGGGCAUCCUCAAAAGCGUUGGCUUGAAGGUCGGCCGCCAAAACUACACGUACGAAUCCGCCGGCGACGUAUAUACCGGAGAGAACAUCUACGCCAUUCUUCAAGCUCCUCGCGGUGAUGCCACGGAGGCUAUUGUGCUCAUCGCGGCUUGGAAGACGGUCGAUGACAAGUUCAACCAGAAUGGCCUUCCACUGGCGCUGACGCUGGCGAGGUACUUUAAGCGGUGGUCACUCUGGUCCAAGGAUAUCAUCCUCGUCAUCCCUCCGGACAGUAGGACGGGCACCCAGGCAUGGGUCGACGCAUACCACGACUCGCAUGACUCCUCCCGUGUGAACUCACUUCCACUUAAGUCUGGCGCUUUGCAGGGUGCCAUCGCCAUCGACUAUCCGCAGGAACACCGUUUCGAGUCCAUCCAUAUUAUCUACGACGGCAUCAACGGCCAGCUCCCCAACCUGGACCUCAUCAACUCCGUCGUUAAUAUCGCGGGUGGACAGAUGGGUAUGGGCACUGCCAUUCAGGAGAUGUGGUCGCACUCCGACAAGUACCGGGACCGACUCCUCACGAUGCUCCGCGGCAUGUUGAAUCAGGGGCUCGGCCACGCCUCUGGUCCGCAUAGCAGCUUUAUUCCCUACCAUGUGGACGCCGUAACUUUGCAACCAUUCGGCGAAGGGUGGCACGAUGAGAUGGGAAUGGGCCGCCUUGUCGAAGGAACGUUCCGCAGCUUGAACAACCUGCUUGAGCACCUCCACCAGAGCUUCUUCUUCUACCUACUCAUGCAGAAGGAGAGGUUUGUGAGCAUCGGCACGUACCUACCAAGUGCCAUGAUUCUGGCCGCCAGCUUCACCAUCACCGCAAUCUCCCUUUGGGUGAAGAGUGGCCACCAGGACCAGCCAUCAGCUGCGCCCAACGCGGUGGUGAAAUCCGAGAGUGAGGGCACUGCAUCUCAGGAGGUACUCGAAACCGCAAAGGGAACAAAUACAUCGUCACCUUCUGUUCCCGCCGUAGAACGCGAUCUGUUUCUUCCUCUGGGUCUCGUAGCCGUCUGCCAAUUCCUCGGUGUCGUGCCAUUGUACAUCUUCAACCACAUGCCUGCAAACAUGCUCGCUGGUGCAUACACAGUCUUCGCCCUCACCAACUGUGCCCUCCCCUUUUUCAUCUCAUCGCUCCUCGCCUCAACGUACAACCCUACGGUCCAGCAAUACCAGCUGAUCAAGUCAUUCUCACUCCUCCUGCUCGGCAUGUUCCUCUCAGCUCUGGCGACCCUCAACUUCUCUCUCGCCUUCCUCGUUGGUGUCAUGGCUAGCCCGCUGUCCUUCAUGAGGCCGUGGCCAAACCACGCGGCCAUCCGCUGGGCCUGCGCCGCUUUUCUCCAGCUCGCAUCCCCGACGGCGGCGUUGUACUCUGUCUCGUCGUACUUUAACAUCAGCAUCGGUGAGGUUCUAAAGGAAGCGGCUUUCGGUUGGGAUGUUUGGGGCAUGUAUACGCCCGUCAUCAUUUGGGGAGUGUGGUGGCCUGCCUGGCUCAUGGGAUCCGUCAUCGUGCUUGGACAGCCUACAGCCAAGUCAAAAAGUGCAUGAUAUAUGGUGCUAAGAGGGUUGAUCACGUAGUCUAAAUGACAGCAUUAUUCCUGACGGAGUUAGGAAACGACAACUGCCAAAAUUAUUUGAGCUUUCAGGAUUAGCGCAUCGGGAAAAGGGGCAGUAGCAUUGUCAUCAAAAUCAUAACGGCCCUUUUUUGG